AGGAGACGAUCAUGGGAGACAUGGAAGAAGGUGCAAAUGUUCAGCGACCACCUCUGUUGAGAGGACCAAACUACAACUUUUGGAAGGGACGUAUGAGAGCGUUUCUGAAAUCGCAAGGUGGUAGAGUGUGGAGAAUCAUAGAAACUGGAUGGACAGAACCAACGGAAACGAAUGCAGAAGGAGUAAAGAUAAUCAAAACUUUUGAAAAAUAUUCAAAGGAAGAAGCUCAAGCUGCUGAAUGCAAUGACAGAGCAUUAAAUGCAUUAUUUGGAGCUGUUGACAGUUCACAGUACCGACUCAUAUCAAACUGCACCGAGGCCAAGAAAGCCUGGGAGAUUCUUGAAACUACGCACGAAGGGGAUGAGCGUGUCAAGACAGCAAAGAUCCAGAUUCUCAUGACAAAAUACGAAAGUCUGCGCAUGGAUGAUAAAGAAAGAAUAGCUGAUUUUCAUGGAAGAGUAAGGGAACUUGCAAAUGAAGCUGAGAAUCUGAAGCGGCCUUUUACGGAGGAUAGCCUAGUUCUGAAGGUAUUAAGAGCCUUACCAGAAGCCUAUGCAAUGGAUGCCAAAGCAAUUCGCCAGGCGCAUGAUAUCAAGAAUAUGACUUUAGAUCAACUAAUGGGGAAUCUGGAGACAAUAGAACUGCAAAUGAAUGAAGAGCUCAAGCGAAAGAAAAGUGACAAACCAAUUGCCUUUCACAGCCUGAUUGAUGAAGAUGACAAUGAGGAUGAUGUAGCACAAGAUGAAGACUUUCAAGAGCAGCUAUCACUCUUUACUAAACAAUUCAAAAAACAGUGGAUACAAAAGAAAGGAAAAAACAACUCUCAAGGAGAUUCCUUCAAAGGAAUCCAGUUUAGAAAUCCACGACAAAAGGAGACAAGGCCUUUUAAUGAUGAUUUCAAGAAAAAAGGGCGUCAGUGCUUUGAAUGCGGAGGUGUUGGUCACAUUCAAUCUGAGUGUGCAAAUAAUCUCAAAAAGAAGAGGCAAGCUUUCAUGACAACCUGGAGUGAUGAUGAUGAAGAAACUGAAGAUGUUACGGGAAACAGCAAUUGUGCCUUUGUCACCCAAUAUGAAGAAGAAGAUGUUGAAGAUACAACUGAACAACUCAUAGUGCUACAAGAAAAAUGGACAGAGCUUCUUCUUGUUCACAGGAGGAACAUCCUGGAGAAAAACCAACUGGCCGCACAGGUAGAUGACCUUCAAAAACAACUGGAUGAUGUCAAAAAGCAGCUGAACCGAACUGAAGGGGAAAAAUCUGACCUACAGUACGAACUCACCCAACUUAAGAACUAUCAAAAGUGGAUGAAAAGUGCUGGGGCUGAGAAAAUCGAGGAAAUGGUGAGCACAUCAAGAUUAUACGGGGACAGAUCUGGAAUAGGGAACACAGCUUCAGAAGGCGUCAAGACACCACUGGACCUGUUUACUAAAGAAGCAAAGAUCAUCAUCAAGGAACCAGACACGAAGGAGGUCCCUGAGAGCAAUCAAGCAAGGCCAAGGAGAAAGUAGUUCAGCCUCGCAACAGCCAUGUAAGGAAGACUUAUUCCCUAAAUCCUUAUUUCAAUUAUUUUUGCUUCUACUGCAGGAAAAAGGGGCACAUUAAACGCCAAUGCUACAAACUGAGAAACUUAAAGAGAAGAACGACUGCUGCAACAAGGCAUGUCAAAACCAUAAUGAAAUGGGUACCCAAAC